AUGCAGCUGUCUCUGAUCACCCUCUGCACCAUUGGCAUUGGAGCCACGGCUGUACAGGCAGCUUUGGCUCCCAACAGCACAUGGCCUGUACAGUCCUAUAACAGCACCAACAUUCGUGCUUCUGUCCUUGAGACCACCAAGAUGGGCGAGACAGAUCCCGGAUAUAUCUUUGUUACCCCUUGGAACGGCCACCGCAGUGGGCACCCGUCGAUCUACAGGGACGAUGGCCAGCUCGUUUGGCAGGGGCCCGAGGGAACUAUCUUCGGUUUUCGACCGCAGAACUUGAGUAACAAUCCAAUGCUCGUUUUCUGGGAAGGCGACUUUACGGGCACGGGUUAUGGCCAUGGUUCUGUCAAUCUUUUGAACAGCUCUUAUCAACUCGUGCACAAGGUCACUCUUACGGAAGGAUACUUCAAUACGGGACUGGAUCACGAGGUUGAAUCUCACAUCGACUAUCACGAAGGAAUCGUUGAAAAUGACAAGAAAGCUCUCCUCGUGGCCGCUACAAACAUCACUCAGGCUGAUCUUCGGUCCGUGGGAGGUCCAGAGCAGGGCUGGGUCAUUGAUGGAUUGAUUUACGACAUUGAUAUCGAGACGAAUAAGGUCCUCUUCCGCUGGAGUGCCGUGGAACACAUCGACCAGAUCCCAUUCAAGCUAUCCCAGAGUCCGCUGUUGGAUACUGGCACCUCUGAGAAAAACCCUUGGGACUUCUUCCGUGUAUCCUCCACCGUCAGAUAUGGGGAUGAUUACCUUAUCUCUUGGGACUAUGGAUGCAGUAUCCUGCACAUUGCUCGCAACGGUUCGGUUGCUUGGAACCUUAAUGGCAUAACUGGGGGUGACUUCAAAAUGGGACCCAAUUCAAACUUUUGCUUCCAGUACGGCCUACGUCUAGGAAUGCAUACAGAUGAGAAGAUCACCAUCUCGAUGCACAACAAUGACAACUCGGAAUUUAGCAAUACAAACAACCCUACCACCGGACUUAUCUUGGACCUUGACCUUCAAAAGAUGGAAGUCGUUGGACAGCGAAGAAUGUGGAACCACGAACAUCCUGUCGUUUCAAGGGACCUGGGGAGCUUCCAGUACCUAGGUACUGGCCAUUGCAUCGUACAUCAUGGUCAAAUUCCGCUUAUCGAAGAGUAUAACAAAGAAGAUGAGCUUGUCAUGCAAAUCCGCUAUGGACAUGAUUUGGUUGAUGCCUCUUAUCGAGUCCAUCGAGUCCCCUGGACCGGAAUGCCUAUAACAAAACCGAGUGUCAAGGCAUGUCGCAAGGCGGAUAAAGAUAUAGUGGUAUAUGUGAGCUGGAAUGGCUCAACCGACAUUGAAUCAUGGAAGGUUUUCGAGGUGUCUGAGGGUAGCAUGCCAAAGGAGAUUAAAGAUGAGGCGUGGACCGGAUUUGAAACUACAAUACAGGCGCAGAGUGAAGCUAAGAAGGUUCUGGUUGCUGCGGUUGGCGGGUAUGGUGAUGGGGUAGAAUCUGAUCCUGUUACCGUGGAUGAAUGCUGA